AUGACUACAGAGCAAGUGCUACCCACAACUGAACAAGACGUCUUACCGAGCUUUGAUGCACUGGCUCUGUCUUCAUCAACCCAACUCAAUCAACCACACGAACAGCAACAGCAGCAAUCAGUAGAGCAAAAGAUAAAGACUCUGAUCUCUCCAUUCCCACCAUCGCCAAUGUCUCCUAAUAGUACCAAUAGCACAAACGGAAGCAAUGCUCUGUCUUCAAUGUCACUACCACCACUUCAUACUCCAUCAAUGGCACAAACUCGAUCCUUGUCAAGUAACAAUAUUCGUGCUGGAUCGCCCAUUCGCGCUCGUUCGGAUUCUCCUCAUCCCUCUCUAAAUGGCAAAGAAGCAAUAGACGAAAACGGACUCUCAUGGCCAGCCCUCUCAACCAAAAACCGGAUGACUGAAUCUCCUCACGCUCGUCAAGGUCGUCUCGACAAACUCUCAGACGCCGUAAAAACAGUCCUGGGAUGUCUCGGUGAAGACCCAUCUCGCGAGGGCCUCCUCAAAACCCCCGACCGAUUCGCCAAAGCAAUGCUCUUCUUCACCAAGGGCUACGAAGAGACACUAUACGAUAUCGUGAACGAUGCAGUAUUCGAAGAAGACCAUGAUGAAAUGGUUAUUGUUAAGGAUAUCGAUAUAUUUAGUUUGUGUGAACAUCAUAUGGUGCCCUUUAUGGGGAAGGUCUCGAUUGGAUAUAUUCCUGAUAAAAAGGUGCUGGGUUUGAGCAAGCUGGCUAGGAUUGCUGAGAUGUUUGCUAGGAGGUUGCAAGUGCAGGAACGCUUGACCAAGCAAAUUGCUCUUGCUAUUAUGGAUGUUUUGCAGCCACUUGGUGUUGCUGUUACUAUUGAAGCCUCGCACAUGUGCAUGGUCAUGCGUGGUGUUGGAAAGCCAGGCUCCAAAACAGUCACAUCCUGUAUGUUGGGAGUUUUUAGGGAGGACCACAAGACUCGUGAAGAGUUUCUUCGUGUACGUAACCCUCGUCUCUAG